AUGUCAGGCGUCGAGCUCAGCGAUCUUGUCAUCGCCGCGGUCCUGGUGCUUCUUUCCGCCUUCUUUUCGAGCUCGGAGUCGGCCUUCCUGUCCCUGCAGGACACAGCGCGUCUGCGCCACCUCGUCAGUAGGGGAUCUCGGGACGCCAUUCGCGUGGAAGAAAUGCUGAAAGAGCCCGGCCGGCUGCUUUCGACGAUCCUGUUGGUGAACAACCUCGUCAACAUCGGAUUCGCUGCCCUCGUCACCGUGAUCGUGAUCUCAUUCCUCGGCGAGCGCACCGGCGUCGUGGCAUCGACCGUGGUAGCCACGGUGGUGCUCCUCAUAUUCGGAGAGGUAGUCCCCAAGACGCUGGCGGUCCGCCACGCCGAGCGGGUUGCGUUCCUGGCUGCACGCCCCCUGAAAGUCGCCGAAUUCGCCCUGCUGCCCAUCGUGGCGGUGCUGCAAUGGAUCAGCCGGCUUGCCACCGUGGGCCGCGAGGCUCGGGACACGUCCAUCACGGAAGGUGAGCUCAGGACCCUCAUUGACAUUGGCGAGGCCGAGGGCGAGUUCGAGCCGGAAGAGGCGGAGAUGCUCGAGAGCGUCUUCCGGUUCGGCGACCGCCAGGUCCGCGACAUGAUGACGCCGCGUACGGAGAUGGUAUCCGUGGCGCGUGGCACGUCUAUGCAGGAGUUCCUCAGGCUCUACGCCGAGCACGCCCACACGCGCUUCCCCGUCUACAAGAACUCGACCGACAACGUGGUCGGAAUCCUGUCGGCCAAGGACAUCCUCAGGUCCAUGGCGGCAAACAGGGUGGACCUGGACGGCAUCGUCACGGACGUGAUCAGGGACGCCUACUUCGUGCCGGAGACGAAGAGGAUCGCCGAGCUAUUCGAGGAGCUGCGCGACACCGGCAACCAGAUGGCCAUAGUCAUCGACGAGUUCGGGGGCGUGGCGGGCCUGGUGACCCUCAAGAGGCUGCUCGAAGAGGUGGUCGGUCGCGUCGGCGAGGAGGGAGUUAGGCCCGAGGAGGAGUAUGAGACGCUCGGACGUGACACCUACCAGGUCGAUGGCGGCAUGAGCGUCGACGAGGUCCUGGACGAGCUCGACAUCGACCUGGGCGACGGCGACUACGAGACGGUGGCAGGGUUCGUGCUGGACGCUCUCGGCCACAUUCCGAGUGAGGGAGAGACCUUUGAGACUGCCGGGCUCUCGGUCGAGGUCGCGGAGAUGAAGGGACUGAAGAUCGAGGCGGUCAAGCUCAUCAGGAAGCCGUCCAGCGGCCGGCCGGCCUGA